ACAAAAUGUUAAAAUCAUUUAAUAAAUAAAUAUUAUUAUAAAAACUUACCUUGCGCAUGUGCGCGGGUUAUCUUCUAGUACUGAAUUAAAAAGGGAGUGCAAACAAAAAUGAUUGCAAAUGUCAUCUUUAAUUUGAUAUUUAAAAAGGGCAAGCUGGAUAUUUAAAAAUGGUAGUAAUUAAAGAAAAGUUUACAUGCUUCUGAUCAUAUUACUUAAUUUUGUGUGCUGAUUAAGUUAAUUUCCUUAAGUUUUUAGCGAUUGUUCUUUCAGUAAAUAGGGCAUACAUAUUAGCUAGAAAUUUUUUUCUCAUAUCCUUUUAUGCUUGGUCAAAUUUCCUUCAAACUGUAGUAAACAACGUUAUGAUUUGGAAUAUCAAUGCAAGAAUUAGCCGACAAAAAACCCAAUAAAAUAUAAUUUUUAUUAUUAGAAAGCACACAUCUUGGUCAAGUCAAAUAAUAUAUUUUCAGAAAUCUAAAUAUUCAAUAUCAAAUUUUAUAAUUUGAUUUGAUUUAUUUUUUAAAUUUCAUCUAUUCCACAAAAGUUAUGAUAUAUAUGUUAGAUAUUACGAACAAUUAUAAGUUUUGUUAAUCUAGUUUCGUUAAUCUUCGAAUUUGUACUUUUGGAAAUAUAUGGAAUUCCCGACUUCUUAAUGUAAGGUAGAAGUAUUAAUAAAUUGUUUACUCAAUUGCUAAGCUAUAAGAUUUCUACAGAUCGAUGUACAUAUUCCAAGUUGAAAGAUUAAAAAAAUUAAAGAUAUAAACGUAAAAUUAGAAGUUUUUAGGUGUAAAUUAUUAUUUAUUUAUAUGUUGAUCGCGUGUCGUGAUAUGGUUAAAAUAUAUGAACCAGCAUGGGUUGCACUGGUAUAACUAUAAACAUAUAUGACAAGUUCUCUUUAUAUUGAUUUCGUCAAAAUAUGAUAUGUAUAUCAUAGCUUGUACUUUUUACUUUAUUUUUAAUUAUUGAAAACGGUUUGACAAAAAAAAAUCAAUUAAAUAAAAGCUGUUGUUUUGCGGCUACCAAUUAUAUUAAAUAUUUGACGAAAAUCCAAAUAAAUGACUUGCCACUUGAAUAAUUAGAAAAGCAGGCGAUCACGUUGCUUGUAUCUCUUUCUCUUUUUAGAAAUCGCUUUUCCUUUUUUAUUUAAUGUAUGCUUUCCCCUUCUCUAUAAAUUGCAACCAUAAUUGUUCAUUUCUAGUCACCCCAUAUCUCUCUCACUCUAACUUUCAUAGAGGUUCUUAGUCUCCUUCAAAGCUGAUUAAGAUUGGACAUAUAGCUCAGGGCAAUGGCUGAACAACAACUAGGAGUGCUCAAGGCACUUGAUGUUGCGAAGACGCAGCUUUACCAUUUCACGGCAAUUGUCAUCGCUGGUAUGGGUUUCUUUACCGAUGCAUACGAUCUCUUCUGCGUCUCUUUGGUGACCAAGCUCCUUGGCCGUCUCUACUACUUCAACCCGUUGUCAGAAAAGCCUGGCUCACUUCCCCCUCAUGUUGCGGCGGCCGUCAAUGGUGUGGCCCUCUGUGGAACCCUUGCUGGUCAAGUCUUCUUCGGAUGGCUUGGUGACAAGCUCGGGAGAAAAAAAGUUUACGGUAUCACUUUAAUCAUGAUGAUUUUGUGCUCUGUCGCUUCCGGUCUCUCCUUUGGUAACAAAGCCAAAGGUGUCAUGACCACUCUUUGCUUCUUUAGGUUUUGGCUGGGAUUCGGUAUCGGAGGUGACUACCCUCUUUCCGCCACUAUCAUGUCUGAAUACGCAAAUAAGAAGACCCGAGGUGCUUUCAUAGCUGCCGUGUUCGCUAUGCAAGGUAUUGGUAUCUUGGCCGGAGGGUUUGUGGCACUUGCGGUAUCUUCCAUAUUCGACAAGAAGUUCCCAGCACCAACCUAUGCUGUCAACAGAGCUCUCUCAACGCCUCCUCAAGCUGAUUACAUUUGGAGAAUCAUCGUCAUGUUUGGUGCUCUACCCGCAGCCUUGACAUACUACUGGCGAAUGAAAAUGCCAGAAACCGCUCGGUACACCGCUUUGGUGGCAAAAAAUAUUAAACAAGCAACACAAGACAUGUCCAAGGUUUUACAAGUGGAGCUUGAAAUGGAGGAAAGAGCGGAGGAUAUCGUUAAAGACCCAAGACUUAACUAUGGCUUAUUCUCCAAAGAAUUCCUUAGACGCCAUGGUCUUCCCCUCCUUGGAUGUACAUCCACUUGGUUCUUGCUUGACAUUGCCUUUUACAGCCAAAAUUUGUUCCAAAAAGAUAUCUUCUCGGCUAUCGGGUGGAUCCCAAAGGCAUCAACCAUGAAUGCCGUCCAUGAAGUUUUCAAGAUUGCUAGGGCACAGACUCUCAUCGCGCUCUGCAGUACUGUCCCUGGCUACUGGUUCACGGUUGCAUUCAUUGAUAUCAUUGGAAGAUUUGCGAUCCAGCUAAUGGGAUUCUUCAUGAUGACCGUGUUUAUGUUUGCCAUUGCCUUCCCUUACGACCACUGGAUCAAACCAGACAACCGCAUCGGAUUCGUGGUUAUGUACUCUCUCACUUUCUUCUUUGCCAAUUUUGGACCAAAUGCGACAACCUUCAUUGUACCAGCUGAGAUCUUCCCGGCUAGGCUAAGAUCCACAUGCCAUGGAAUAUCAGCAGCGACAGGUAAAGCUGGAGCCAUCGUGGGAGCUUUCGGGUUCUUAUACGCAGCUCAGCCCCAGGACAAGACCAAGACCGACGCAGGGUACCCACCAGGCAUUGGAGUCAAGAACUCACUGAUCAUGCUUGGUGUCAUUAACUUUGUCGGUAUGCUCUUCACGUUCCUUGUUCCUGAGCCCAAGGGAAAGUCCCUCGAAGAACUCUCCGGUGAGACUGAGGUUGAGAAAUGAUCACGAUAAAAGUGUUGUAUUUCAUUUUCAAAUUAUAUUAUUUCGAGUGUCAUGUUUGUUUUUAUUU